CGGUCACUUCAGUUGUUUACUUUUUUACUUUGCGUGCAGCGGAAAACCGGGCCGAAUUCAACCGCUCGAAUUUUUUUAUUAUUUUUUUUUUCGCCACCCUUGCCGCCGCAUUUUGCCGCAAAUUAGUGUAAAUAGAAGAGAAGCAGCGAUUGGAAUGAAAGCGCGCGGUUUUUUUAGUGUGUGAAAAUGUAUCGAAAAUGAAAGAAGUGAAGAAGGCGCAAAGAGAGCUGCUAAAGAAGUGCGUGCCGAAAAAAGAGAGCGGCAAAAAGUGCCAAAAAUAAAAUAACAAAAAAGAAACGAAAAUCAAAAUUUAAUAAAACAGGCUGGGGAGAAGGGCGAUCGUAAAGGAAAAGAACGAACGAAGAGUGAGAGAGGCGAAAGCAACAGCAACAAGUGGGCAAAGAUGUGCAAAUGACAAAUUGGUCAAAACUCCGACUCCUGUUUCCCUCGCUCUCUCGCUCUCUCUCACGCACUCCCACUCGCUCACGCACACGCGCACGCACAUCUCCUGCAUUGGCCAUCUCGCUCGCACGCGGCGAAAAGGGAAACGGGAACUGGAACAGGAAUCGAGAACAGCCGGCGGUCAAGUUCAAGUGGGAACGGAAGGUGCAAGGAAAACAUGCGGAGACCGGUAACCGCCUUAAAUCGCAAUCACUACUUCGUCAUUGGCCUGCUCCUGGGCCUCCUGUUCAGCUGGCACAUUCCGCAGGACAUCUGGGAGGAGGAGUGCCCCGAGGAGGCCGCCGAGAAUCUGCUGAUCGAGCGAUUCGGCCAGGAGUUCGAGCCCCAUUUGAAUCUGAUCAACAAGCCGCUGGCGGCCAAAAAGCCGAUGAGGAAAUUUAUCCGACAUCGCGCUUUAUUUUCGGUGAAGAAUGUGAUCCGACCGCGCUAUUACUCCUCGGAGCUGGGCAUCCGCGAGAAGCUCUUCAUCGGGGUGAUGACCUCGCAGGAGCACAUCAACACCUUUGCGACCGCCUUCAAUCGCACCACCGCCCACCUGGUCAACAAGAUCAAGUUCUUCAUUUACGCGGACAGUGUGAAGACCAACUACAAGCUGAAGAACAUCGUCGGAUUCACGGACACGCGCGAGAGCCGGCGACCGUUCCACGUGGUCAAGUACAUUGCGGACAACUAUCUGGAUGAGUACGACUACUUUCUGCUGGUGCCCGACACCGUCUACGUGGAUGCCCGCAAGCUGGUGAAGCUGCUCUACCACAUGAGCAUCACCUUUGACCUGUACAUGGGUGGCGCUCGCAUCGGUCUCGAUCCUCCAGGUGGCGGCGGCGGCGGCGCCAGUGCCUCCGUCGAUGGUGGCGAUGGCCAGUCGAACGAGCCGCCGGCGAAUGAGGAUGAGGCUCCCGGGGCCAGUGAUCGCAACUACUGUUCGCUGGAGGCGGGCAUCCUGCUCAGCAGCAGCGUCAUCCGCAAGAUGCGCAACAAUCUGGAGCGCUGCGUCCGGAUCGGUAGCACCAGUGACCACAGUGUCAACAUCGGGCGUUGCGUCAAGUACGCCAGUCGGGUGUCCGGCUGCCAGGAGAGCUUCCAGGGCAUGCGGCAAUUCAGCUACGCCUUGGAUGCGCCGGGCCGCCGUCAUCGCGAAUUCAGCGAACUGGCCAAGGAGGAGGCCUUCCGCAAUGCCAGCACCGUGUAUCCCGUCCAGACGCCGGAGGACUUCUACCGCCUGCAUGCCUACUACUCCAAGCACCACCUGGAGAAGGUGCAGGAGCGAGGCUAUGCUCUGGAGCAGAAGUCGUACCGGAUUGCCAAUGGGAGCAUAUCGAACAAGAUACUGGAGAUCCGGUGGCCGCUGGGCGUGCCGCCGCCCAGUGCGCCGGAGACGCGCCACGACAUCCUCACGUGGCAGCUGCUCAAUGGGACGCACAGCUUCCUGCCCAAUGGGAAUGCGGAGCACGCGUUGGCGACGCUGUCGCGGAUCGAGGCACAGGACUUUGCCAAGGUCCUGGAGAUAGCACUACAGUAUGCGGCCCUCAAGCAUCCGCGCCUGAGCUACCACAGCCUGCACAGUGCCUAUCGGAAGUUCGAUGCCACACGUGGCAUGGACUACCAGCUGCAUCUCAAUCUGCAGGAGGGAUCGGGUCGCAGUCGCCGACUUGUGGUCAAGAGCUUUGAGGUGGUGAAGCCAUUGGGUCGCGUGGAGGUGGUACCCUCGCCCUACGUCACCGAGAGCACCAGAAUUGCCAUGUUGGUGCCCGCCUUCGAGCACCAGGUGCCGGAUGCUCUGCUGUUUGUGGAACAGUACGAAAGGAUUUGCAUGCAAAACCAGGACAACACCUUCCUGCUGCUGAUCUUCAUGUACCGCCUGGACUCGCCCAGCAAGGGCGACGAGGAUCCCUUCAAGGCAUUGAAGACGCUGGCCCUGGACUUGUCUUCAAAGUACAAAACGGAUGGCUCCCGCAUCGCCUGGGUGUCCAUCCGGCUGCCGGAGCAACUGAGCGAGCCGGUGAAUUCGCAGGACUGGCUGCUGCACGCCUCCAUGUAUGGACCACGCCAGCUGCUCAGUCUGGUGGUUGCGGAUCUGGCACUGCCCAAGCUGGGCCUUGAAUCCCUCGUGCUUCUGGCCACUCCCGGCAUGGUCUUCAAGGCGGACUUUCUGAACCGCGUGCGCAUGAAUACGAUACAGGGCUUCCAGGUGUACGCCCCCAUCGGCUUCCAAAUGUAUCCGUGCCGCUGGGCGCAGUUCUGUCGGGAGUGCGACACCUGCGACGUGAGUCAGAGCAGCGGCUACUUCGAUCGCCACAACCACGACGUGAUCGCUUUCUACAGCCGGGACUAUGUCCAGGCUCGCAAGCUGCUGCAUCCGCAAGGACUGCCGAUCAUACGCAGCGACCUGGACAUCGACCAGUUGCUGCUGCAGCCGGGCGAGGAGACGCGACCGCCGGGCGUGGAAAGUAUACUCGACAUGUUCGUGGCGGCACAGCACUCGGUGCAUAUACUGCGCGGAGUGGAGCCGAAUCUGCGCUUCGGCCAGGAUGUGCGGAAUCACUUGGCGCGCGGUGGAACGCUGCCGCAGAGCGUGCCGGAACGCUGCGGUCGGGAGCAGUGCAUCCAUUUGGCGUCGCGCAAGCAGAUCGGCGACGCCAUUAUUCGCUACGAGGACAAAAGUAUUCAACACAAAUAGUUGGUUGUAGUCCGAAGGCUCCUUUCCAGCGCCAGCGCCAGCUCCAGCUUCAGCUCCUGCCUGUAAUAUCAUCAGUUCCUUUUUAUGAUAUUCCCAUGUGUACAUGACCGUGUGAUUGAGCAGAAUGAAUGAAUGUGAUUCCGCCCCCCGGUGUGCGUGUGUACAACUCCUACACUCGCACCCAAGGCUUAAAGUAAA